AUGGAUAUGUCGGGGCAGGGUGUCCGCCUUUGCCAAGUCUACCCCACUUCCGAGGACGAUACCAAAACAGACAUCGACAUCAUUGCCAUUCAUGGUCUCGACACAAAGUCGCCGGACACGUGGGUAUGGCGGGCCAGUAGCUUUGAUAAGCACGGCGUAAAUUGGCUAGCCCAUCCGGAUAUGCUCCCGGAGAAGGCAGAACAGGCUCGGAUUUUCUAUUGCGACUGGCCGGCCUGUCUUUUCAACGAACAAAGCACGAUCGGUUUGACGAUCACGGAGCUUGCCAGGUGCUUGCUGCUUGGUAUCCGCUCUCGACCUGGGGCAGACAACAAUCGACCCCUCCUGUUCAUCGCCUCGUGUCUCGGUGGCGUCAUCCUAAGUCGGGCCCUGGUAAUCGCCGCCCAGCUCGGAAGCGAAUAUGCUUCUGUCUGGAGAUCAACGGGCGGCGUGGUUUUUCUUGCCACGCCGUUCAGAGGGACUGCAUUUAAGGACCUAGCUAGGGUAGCAGUCGCUUUUUUGAAAGGCUAUGCGAUGCUCGCAGACAGAGCAGUGACAAACCUGCUCGACAGUGUGACGGCAUCGACUCCUUUCCUUGAGGACCUUGUUGGCGAUUUCACGGGCAUAUGUCAGCAACGGGAUCCGCCAUGCCAGUUAGCAAUCUUUUAUGAGACAGAAGAAACUAACUUAUUGCGAAAGGCUCUGCCUUUACUACCACAAUUGGCGGAUAUCCUGAACAAGCCAAAAAAGUUAGUUGAUAGCGGCUCUGCCCGUCUCGACAUGGUCCCGAACCCAAUUCCCCUUAAGCGGUCCCAUAUUUUAAUGAACAAGUUUCCUGGUCCAAACGACCCGGAUUAUGUUGCUGUUGCUGGAAAGAUUCGAAUCCUUAUUGACGAUAUUUGUGAGGCGUCUUCGCUCAAGAAAGCGGACGACUGGAUACGUUACAAUCACUAUACGCCGGACAGACUCGAGAUUGAGCGGCUCUCGGGUGAGACAUUGUCAAUGGAGCAGUGCUAUAUCAAUCUUGCCCUAGUGGAGCAGCUCGGUGACAUAGAGAGUCACUCAGAGGAAGGAGAUGCACAGCCGUCUCCAUUCUCAUUUGCCGCUCGACUGAAAGUCGAGACACCGGAGAAGAAUCUUCAAGUCGACUUGCGGACAAUCUUCGAAAAGUGUAAACGGCCAAGACGUCCUACAACAGAACCAAGGAGAAUCUUGAUUCUAGGUCGCGCCGGAGUUGGGAAGACGGUCUUGUGCAAAAAGAUUGUCUAUGACUUUAUCCAUCACGAUACUUGGAAGGACUUGUUCGACCGCGUACUUUGGGUGCCCUUACGGAACUUGAAGGGAAAGUCUAAGGAAGGAUACAACCUUGCAGAUCUGUUUUUCCAGGAAUAUCUCUCCCAAACCCCAAAAGGGAAGGUCCUCGCCCAUGAACUAUGGGUUGCAUUGAAGGCCAGCAAGUAUCGAAGAACGCUCUUUGUCCUCGACGGCUUAGAUGAAGUUUCGGCAGAAUUGGAUGAAAGCAGCAAGGUGUUCUCUCUCCUCCAGUUUCUGCUACAACUGCCCAACGUCAUUAUAACAUCCCGCCCACAUGGAUCACUUCCAUACUGGCUCAAAUGGACUUUCGAUCUCGAAUUGGAAGCCAUCGGAUUUUACCCGGAUCAAGUAAAUGACUACAUCAAAAACGCUUUCACUAGACCAGAAACGGGUGAAGCCGAUUUGGAGAAGGUUGAUAAAGUUCAAUCAUUCCUCCAAAAACAUCAACUAAUCCAAGGACUUGUGCGGAUCCCGACUCAACUUGACGCCCUCUGUUACACCUGGGAUGAUUUCGAUGGCAAGUCUAUACCGCAGACGAUGACCGCUGUUUACCACGCUAUCGAACAACGCUUGUGGAAGAAGGAUGCCGUGAGGCUGGAGAAACAGACUCAGGCUCAAAUGAAUGUCGCUCGUCCCAGGGAGAUCAGGAGCUCUGUCCAGGCUGAGGCCUACCUCCUUGAAAUCAUCGCGUUUACUGGAAUGCACAACGAUGUAAUAGUCUUCGAGCCAAAGCAUUGCGACGCUAUCUUCGAACAAUUCGAACCUCCCAGGACGGAUCUCUUCCUUGAUGAAACUCUCUGCCGCCUCUCGUUUCUACGCACGUCGGACCCUUCAUUAAAGGAACGCAAUCAGAAUUACCAUUUCAUACAUCUGACAUUCCAAGAGUAUUUUGCCGCUCGGUAUUUUGUGCGGCAGUGGGAAGCUCGAGAACCGCUCACAUGUUUGAUGCUCAACAGCAGAAAGAUUGAGAAUGUCUACCCUGUCGAGUUCCUCAGGAGGCAUAAAUAUCACACCCGCUACGAUAUCUUGUGGCGUUUUGUUGCCGGCUUACUUGAUUCUAAGGGAGAGGCAGAGACGCUCCGCUUCUUCAAAGUGAUUGGUGAGAAGCCGCUCGACCUCUUGGGUCCUACGCAUCAACGGCUUGUCAUACACUGCUUAAGCGAGGUUCGCCACCCAUUUCCACUUCGAAGCAAACUCGAAGGCCAUCUAUCAAGGUGGUUGAUAUUUCAAUGCCAGAAAAUCAGGGAGUGGGAUGUACCUGAUGUACCCUUCCUGUGGCUAGACACUCUGGCAAGCGAGAUCGAGUUCCCUGAGCAAGCCAUAGCCGACGUCCUACAAAAAGAAGAGGAUGAUGUGAGGAUGGUCGCUCUCAGGUCGAUGGAAUCGCGGCGCGGAAUUCCCCUUCAAGUCACAGAAAUCGUGACUUCCUGGCUUCAAGGCGGGGUAUCCGAUAGAUUGACAAGAUCUGUACUGCACCUGUUCCAGAGUUCGAGGGAUCAGUUACCGCGCGCUACUCUCAAUAUGAUACAGGAACGGCUUGUUGACCGAGAUCCAGGCGUCAGAAGUGCUGCUAUCGAGGCCCUAGGGCACCAAUUGAACUUAUCGGAAGAGACCCUUGAUAUGAUAGGGGUAGGGCUUGUUGACCAAGAUGUGGGCGUCAGAAUGGCUGCUGUCGGCACCCUAGGGCACCAACAGAACUUAUCAGAAAGGACUUUCAACAAGAUAGCAGCGCGACUUGAGGAUCAAGAUAGUAGUGUUCGAGUUGCAACUGUUAACGUUCUAUGGCCCCAGACAAACCUGCCAGAAGGGACCCUCAACCAGAUAGUGGCGCGACUUGAGCAUCAAGAUUGGGGCAUCCGAAUAGCUGCCAUUGAAGCCUUGGCUCACCAAAGGAACCUGCCGGAAGGGACCCUCAACCAGAUAGUGGCGCAGCUCAAGCACCAAGAUAGAGAUAUUAGAGUUGCAGCCAUCCACACCCUAGGGCUCCAGACAAGCCUGUCAGAAGGGACCUCUAACCAGAUAGCAGCGCAGCUUGAGGAUCAAUUUCUAGAUGUUAGAAUGGCUGCUAGUAAUGCCCUAGGGUGCCAGACAAACUUGCCAGAAGGGACCCUCAACCAGAUAGUAGCGCGACUUGAGCAUCAAGAUUGGGGCAUCCGAAUAGCUGCCAUUGAAGCCUUGGCUCACCAAAGGAACCUGCCGGAAGGGACCCUCAACCAGAUAGUGGCGCAGCUCAAGCACCAAGAUAGAGAUAUUAGAGUUGCAGCCAUCCACACCCUAGGGCUCCAGACAAGCCUGUCAGAAGGGACCUCUAACCAGAUAGCAGCGCAGCUUGAGGAUCAAUUUCUAGAUGUCAGAAUAGCUGCUAGUAAUGCCCUAGAGCACCAGAUAAACUUGCCAGAAGGGACCCUUAAUCAGAUAGCAGCGCGGCUCAAGGAUCAACAACCAGAUGUUAAAAUAGCUGCUAUUAACAUCCUAGAGAAGCAGAUAAACCUGCCUGAAGUGAUACUGGACCAGAUAGUGGCGCAGCUUGAUCAUCAAAGUCAAGAUAUCAGAAGGGCUGCCAGUAACACCCUAAAGCAGCAGUCAAACCUGCCAGAAGGGACCCUCAAUAAGAUAGUGGCGCAGCUCAAACAUCAAAGUCCAGACGUCAGACGGGCUGCCAUUGACACCCUAGUGCACCGGUCUAACUUGCCAGAAGGAACCCUCAACCAGAUAGCGGCACAGCUCAAGAGUCAACAAUUAAUUAGCUUUCGUGAAGUCGACCAGCUGACGUCUAUGUUAAUGCAACACCGAGAAUUCCAUCCUGUCUGCCUGGUUGGCGGUCACGCACAAGGAUUACUUCCCCAUCUACUGAAGCAAAGUUUUAAGAGACAUAUGGCUUGGUAUAUCUGGGCCGGGAAGUCUUUCCUUGAAACAGACAAUGGUCUCGGAUGUGUAGGGUUGUCGGAAGGACAACUCAAUUUAGAGGUGACUAUAGAACGGGCGCGAGAGGACGCCGCUAUGCCUGUGGUAGCGGUGUCGCAUGAAGUCGAAGGAACAGUCUAG